CGCCUGCUGGACCACAAACAAGCGAGUGAGCAGGCAGCAAGCAGCAGGCAGAGGCAUCAUCACACUCUUCCUCUCUUCGACUUCCACCUGACAGCCUCAUCCCCCUUCCCCCUCCUCACUCACUCACCGUGGUUUGCGUGUGUGCGCGCAACAUGAGCGCGCCAGCGAAGCCAGCGAUGGCGCCAACGAGGCUGCUGUUGUUGGUGGUGGUGGUGUUGGCGCUUGUUGGGGUGAGUGCGCAAGAUGUUGUCGCUGUCGUCGCUGCUGAAGAUGGUGCGCACACGCCACCUCCUCCUCUGAUCUGGCCGUGCUCGCAAGACGCCGCGACAGCAGUCGGGACCACGACCGCGUUGUGGCUCACCGGCAGCACCAUCCAGGCUUGCCGGGAUCCCAGCACUGGCGGCGGGGAUACCUGUUGCAGCGUAGAUUCGUAUCCGGCGGACUCGUUUAACAACCUCACCGCACCCAUUGUCUGGCACAACGGGCGCCUGCAGCCGCUGCCAUCCACACGCACGUCGGCGGUUUGCUUCGCCUCCUCCCUUCCAUGCACAGGCGGCCUGAACGAAACUACCGCCAUCUUUGCUGUGGCGCCGUAUCAGUCAGACCGCAGCUUCGUCACUGCGGCUCAGCUGCGUCAGGUUACCGCGCAGGCGCUGGCAUCAAACACCUUGGUCGCGUUUGUUCACCGAGACGGAAGCGACGCUGCCACGCUCCGUACAUCGCUCACAACUCCCGAUGCCAUUGGCCCUGUGCUCGCCGCAGAUACCGCAGCUCUGGAAGUGACCACGCAAGCAUUGGACCUUGCUUCGGACCUUGAUGGCAGCCUGCACACCAGUGGAUAUAUCAGCACGUCCGCCGUUGCAACACCAAGCAGUCUUCUGCUACAGAUCACGCUCGCACUGCCGCCCAACCUCUCGCCGGCAGCUGUUGGUGCGCUUCAGAACAGCAGCGUACGCGUCAACACGUCGGUGUUUGUUGACGGUUUCCUCGCCGUGCAAGGCCCACUCACGUUUACGCCGUCCGUUGCAUCAUCUUCAUCGUCGUCUCCGUCCAUGCUGUUGCGUCUCGUGUCGACCAACAUUGCAGCUACACUGCCACAAUACCUCUUUUCCCGUGUGCGCAUCGAUGCACGCAUGGAUCUCGCGUCCUCCGCCUUCCCGCGCGUACUCCUCCCAACCAGCGCCGCCAACGUCACCGUAUCCGUGCUUGCAGGCAACCUGCGCCCGCUCACGCUCGCCCGCACUGCCACAGUCGUUUGGUUCCCGAACAGCACCAAUUGCAGCGAAAUCAGCAACAACGGACAACAGCAGCAACCCCAACAGGUGCCAGUGUUCUGGAAUGUCCCCGUUGGCGUGUGUUCGCCCGUACCCGCAGACCCGAGCACACACAUGCACGUCACCGUCACACGUGCAAACGUCACUGUCCGCGUGUACGACGACGAUGACACGUGCUCAUCACCUGCUGUACUGGAGGCGUCACUGCCCCGCCACGAAGCAACUGCAUCCGUGUUUGUGUCGCCGCCAUCACCAGCAGCCCAGCAGCGCCAUCUGCCAUUCUGCCUUGCAGGCGCAGCAUCGUCUCUUCUCUUCGCUGGCCUUGACCCCGCCUCAGCUGCCAGCAACAGCAGCAGCAACAACAACGACGACGACACCGACAACACCAACGAUGAUGGUCUCAGCGAGAGCAUUUCGUACGCGACCAUCACACCCAUGACGGCAUUUGCUGCUGCACAGACGGUCGUGGCACAGAUCCACCGACCAGGCGACCUUCGUGUGCCCAUCGCGGGCGAGAGCACAGGAGAGCUCACCGUGCCUGUCGUGCCACGCCCGUCUCGUCUUCCUACCAAUGGUGGUGGUGGUGGUGGUGAUUUGUGGUUUGUCGGCGCGCGCGCUGACUUGGAAGCAGCAGCAGGUGGGAGCAAUCCACCCAUCACCCUCCGCUCCCAGAUCAUGACCGUGACAGCACCAGUGCGUGUUGCCGGCGUCCACGCUGUCCACGUGCGCGGCACAUGUCUGCACGGCACUGCCACCGUGUGCUUCACGGGCCCUGUUGUCGAUGUUGUCGUGCCAUGCCAGCCCGGCAGUGACACGCUCCGGUGGCAUUACCACGUGGCCACCGUCAAUGUGCUGCCCAGUGACGUGCGAGCAGGCCAGGCGUCCUUCACCAUGCGCAUGUGCCAGACCCGCAUGUUGUUCGACACCAUCGCCAUCUCUCCGCUGUAUUCGCUCGGUCCCCUCAACACCGCCGCCGCCACCACCAGCAUCCCUAGUAGCAGUGAGGCUGAAACCAGCGCCACCAACAGCACCAUGUGCACUGCUUCGUGGCCCGCUGCCGUCUGUUCGCAGCGCGGCUGCAGGUACGAUGAGCGCCGCCGUCUGUGCCACCACCGCAACGCCCACGCGUGCUGGUUUGUUGCCGAGUCAGCCUGCACGCCUGACAUUGGCUGUGCCUGGAGCGCAACCAUCAGUGCAUGCAUCAACGAUGAUGGUGAUUACGCCGGGGGAGUCGUGGACAGCCCACUUCCUUUCACGUCACCCAUAGCUGUUGAUGUUACGGCUGGCGGGAGCGGCGUGUACGAGACGGUGCGGGUGCCGGUCGCCUGGCACACGGGCGAAACACGCGCGUUUGUGCUCUACCCAUCGCACCACGCUGCCUUGCCACACAUCAUGCUCGUGUACGGGCUCGCGCCAUCAUCAUCAUCACCAUCACCAUCACCAUCACCAUCACCAUCACCAUCACCAUCACCAUCGUCCUCAUCGGACAGCCCUGCGUGGGCGGAGUGGCGUGCUGUGAGCGGCGUGACAGCGGCUGCUCUGCUGCAGUCGAACGCGUUCCUCGACACGGGCGUGAUUGCCGCCGCCACACAUCGCAUCCCUGCGCCGUCGGACGCGUCGCCCCUCCUCCCAGCACCGCUGCAUGCAAACCUGCAGGUCACGUGCAGCCUGCUGCCCGUCGUGUCUGUGACGGGCGACACGGCAUCAGAUGAGGAGAUCAGUGCCACUCGAGCCGCUGUCGCCGUGCGCGUGCUUGACGUGACAGCGUCCACCAUUCGUGUACAGCUCUCUGUUCCAUUCGCCACAACCACAGCGCCCUGGCCGCUCGCCUUCACAGCUUCACCGCCAGCUGCUGCCGUGCACGCUGCCCCUACUGCACAGGCACACGACCCAACAGCAGUGCUCAGCACAAGCGUCACCGCGACCACCACAGAGGCCGGCGCAACAGUGCUGACGGCAGAGGUCACGGGUCUGUCGCCCGCUACCCCAUAUCGCAUCGGUGUAUCUGCAUCUCUGUGCGGGGCCCUCACCCUCGCCAAUGACGAUGACAACGGCAACGAUGGCAGCAGUGAUCGCAUUGCCGGUCGUGUAGUGACAGCGACAACUCUGCCGAGUACGGGACCAGCACCGCCGCCACUGCUGCCGCUCACGGCCUCAAAUCGCGUGGAGCAGCUCGGGUGGCGUCUCAGCAGCGAGGGCCUGCAUGUCAGCUGGUUCGUGCACGGCCAGCCGCCCACAGACGAGUAUGAUGCUGUGCUCACACACGGCAGCACACAGCAGACCAUCACCGUUGCAGCCAACGCGCUUGACCUGAGCUCCGCCCUGCUGUCGCACGAAUCGUUUGAUGCGGCCACGGGUACCAUGCGCACACCUGUCAGCGUCAACUCCUUGCGUGCGGGCCGUUGUGCCACUGCCACGUGCCAAGACGGCGGCCACUGCACUGUUCCUGUCUACUCGGAACCGCACCGCCAGUCUGUGCUCUUUCCCUACACGGGCGCCUUCCAGCCAACCAUGGCGCUUCAAGUCCGUCUGCGCCGUGGGCAGCAGCUGCUGCACGAGGCGUCAGCCACCGUCACGGGCGCCGCUGGCGUUCCGGCUGCCCCCACAUCUCUGGGUGCAACCGCGGGCGUGGAUCUCCUCGUGGUGGAGUGGGCGCCUGUGCCGGGCGCUGUCGACUACGAACUGCAGGCCAACGUCACUGCCACCAACGCCCCCAUCAGCAUCAUCUCCCCAACCACCCUCGUGCGUCUGCCCAGCUUGCCUCGCGAGACGCCCGUGUCCGUGCGUGUGCGUGCGCGGGCGCGUGUUGCCAGCGGUGCCACUGCUGGGCUCGCCUGCCAGCGCGCGCUCGGGGACGUGUGUGCGGGCAACGCGGCAGCGCUGGUGCUGGCGGGGCCGUGGUCAGCCGCCGUCACAACACGGACGCUUGGCAACCCGCCGCAGGCGGAGCCAGGGGCCGUGCGUGUUGUGUCGCUGACGGACACGACGGCGACUGUGGCGGUGGAUGUGCUGCCCGGUGACCCGCGGGCGCUGGUGGUGUACGCGAUCACAGAGCGGACGAGGGCCAACGGCGCACGGGAGCAGGAGACGGUGCGGGCCGUGCCCACACGCGUGGACGAGGAAAGCGGCCGUCUGAUAGCGCGGGUUGCUGGGCUGAGCCCGUUCACCACGUAUGCGUUCAGGGCGGCGUUUGUGUCCGCGUAUGGUGAGGGCCCCAUGACGGCAGAGGCGUCCACCCAGAACAGGACGCUGCGGGGCGUGCCCGGCGCACCGUCGCUGCGCAACCUGCGGGAGACGGGGGACGGGCUGCUGGUGCAGUGGUCGGCGCCUGGCCAGGAGGCAGGCCCCAUCGACUUCUACACCGUCUACUUCACCAACAUCGACAACGGCACGGAGGUGAGCAUGCGGGUGCAGGAGGCCGGGUUGCUGCUGCAAGGCCUUGUGCCCGGCAGCACGUACACCGUGACCGUGACAGCCUCCACCCCGGCUGGUGAGAGCGAGCGCAGUCGCGUGUUGACGCACACGCUGCUGGCUGCCGCCUCGUCGUCGGGGUCCUCCGUGUCAAACGGCGCGCUGGCUGGCAUUGCCGUUGCCGUGGUGCUGAUCGUGGCGGUGGCGAUGGUGGUGCUGCUGCUGCACAGCCGUCGGCAGCAGCGGGCGGCGGGCCAACGCUUGGAGCUGCAGCUGCAGCACAUGAAGCUCAAUGCAGACCAGCUGGCAGACCAAGUGCGCGUCAUGUUCUCACAGGAGUUUGCGGAGACCAUUGGUGGGGAUCUUGCGCAGACGGAAGAGGACUUUGCGCGGCUGGAGGUGGAUCGCACGCGGCUGCAGCUCGGCAGCGAGCUUGGCAAGGGCGCCUUUGGCGUCGUAUACCGCGGCACCCUCACCCUCAAUGGCCAGGCGCAGACGGUGGCGGUCAAGACGCUGCUUGACGGCGUUGUUCAGGACGAGCUGACCAAGUUCCUGGUUGAAGCGCGGCUGAUGAGUCUGCUGCGACACGACAACCUCCUCCGCCUCGUGGCCGUCUGCACACGCGACACACCGUUUUACCUCGUCACAGAGUUUAUGCCAAAGGGCGACUUGAAGCGGUUUCUGCGCGACUGCCGGCCAACGCGUCCGGAGCCGCGCGAACGGUUGACGACAGCACAAUUGAACCGCAUGGUGCUGCAGAUUGCCUCUGCCAUGCAAUAUCUCGAGAGCAGACGCGUCAUCCACCGUGACCUCGCAGCAAGGAAUGUGCUCGUGAAUGACAACAACGUGGUCAAGAUUGCAGACUUUGGCAUGUCCCGCAACACGGAGGAGAGCGACUACUACAAGAAGCGUUCGGAUGACCGUGUGCCAAUCAAGUGGAUGGCGCCAGAAUCGGUGACGGACCGCAUCUACACGAGCCGGAGUGACGUGUGGUCGUUUGGCGUUCUCACGUGGGAGGUGUACUCCUUUGCACGCGCCCCUUAUGCCGAAUACACGGCCAUGGAGGCUGUUGCUGCCGCUGCCGCGGGCUACAGGCUGCCCCGCCCGGACAUGUGCCCCGAAGGGAUGUACACGGUAAUGCAGCUGUGCUGGGCGUACGGGAGCCAGGAUCGCCCCUCCUUUGCUGUCCUCGCACACGAGAUUGACUUCUUCCUGCGCACAGGCCGCUUCAAAGCGCUCGUGCAAGCAGAAAGCACACAGACGAAACGGGGUGCAGACAGCCGCAGACACCACCAUCCCGCCCCGUCGACUGCCAUCGGUAGUGGUGGCGGUGGCUACGACAAUGUUGGUUCGCACACCGGCUAUUUCGGGGAGCGCGAGGUGGCACCUGUUGCGGUGGACGCAACUGGCUAUGUUGCUGAUGCUUCCCUGGAUGGCAACGACGCUGACAGCGGGUCUGGUGGUACAGUGACAUACCCACGCCUGGAGCCCAACACGCCAGCUGCGACCACGCUGUACGCUGAGACCCCCGCGCGUCGCAGACAGCACGAACCGCCAUAUCCACGCACUGUCCCGAAUACUCAGGGUGGCAUGGUACAAAAUGCUGCAUACCAACGCCUGCCAAACCUUCAUGGCCAAUCCCCUGCCCCGUGAACACUUGACACUGCCACACUUGUCACGCUAUAUCCAUCGCAAACGAGUCUUAUUGAGCACUUUUGCACUGUUACUCUCGUGUCC